GAUUUUGUGCACAUUUUGCAUCAUCAUGACCUUUUUGAUAAGUGCACACCACCGAGAGCGGGCGCGAUAAGCGUCUCGUGUUGUGUUUGCUUGAUGCGCGCGCACGCGGCCCGCCAGCAGGCCAGCGCGCCAGCAGGAGCACAAGCAGCAGGGCAGUGUGACCCACACACACCACAGUACACACAUCAGCACGUCGCGCGUGUUCGGUUCACCAAAAGCAAGAAGCGCCAGAAAGUGGCAGCAUCUCACAACGGUGUUGAUGUCGCAGCAGGACUAGUAUAGCAACAGUGUCGAGCUGCAACUAACUUACGCAGCGUUGAAGUGUGCUGCGUGUUGGUUUCGCGCGUGUCACCGCAGUGAGGAGUGAGUUGUGUGUGCAUUGUGUUGCAUCGCCCUCUUCGCCGUCGUCGCGGUGGUCGCGGCUGGUGGCGUCGUCAUGCGUCUCGGCCGCCGCCGUGUGCCAGUUUUGCGCCCGCGAGUGCAGGUGCAGUGAGAGCGCCAGCGAGCAGUUGCCCCCCAGCCCCCCCUCGCUGCGUCGUCGUUGCAUAAACCCGUGUGUGUGCCCAGCCAGAGUCAGCGCGCCAAGCCGAGACACGCGCGCGCGCCGCCGCCGACAUGGCGAACCCGCGCAAGUUCAGCGAGAAGAUCUCGCUGCACAUGCACCGGCAGGCCGAGGAGACGGCGCGCUUCGAGCAGAUCAUGAAGGAGGUGUCCGUCGCCACCGCUAGGGUGCACGCAGCGGACAAGCCGGCCGCGUCGGUGACAGCGGCUGCCUCGCCGGAGGCGGGCGUCAAAAAUCACAAUCAGCUGGCGGCGGGCGGCGCGCUUGGCGCGUUCCGCGGCGGCUCGCUGCCGAAUGUCUCGGCGCCGGAGUGCAACGCCCCGAUCAUCAAGCCUGAGGAUAGUGCACCCCAAGCGAAUAUGUCGCCGCAUUCACCGCACUCGCCGCAUCACGCGCAAGCGCACAAUGCGACCCCGACGCAUUUCCGCGAGAGUCGAGCGCGUUCACAAGGUGGGCCAAUACGACGUCCGCAGGAUCGCAAGCAUGAUACGUCGCCGUACUCGAGCGGGCCGUUCCUCAGCCCGCCGCCGGACACAUCCUGGCGGAGGACAAACAGUGAUUCUGCUUUACACCAGAGUGCGAUGCAGGGAAUGGGCAACGAAAGAACUGACCAAAACCGAUGGAUGCAGAAUAUGAACGGUCCGUCGCUGCAUCACCACGACCAGCACGACCCGAAUCGGCGGCCGCGGUCCAGCUGCGAUGGGCCACGAGUGCCAGGAAUCAAUAUAUUUCACACUGAAUAUGAGCCGGGUACUGUACCGAUUCCCAUUGGUAAUAACACCGGCUCACUGCCCGAUCUCACCAGCGUACAUUCGUACCCGUCGCCAUUGCACACACCGCUGGAUCCCGACCAGGAGCAUCAGGGCAGUUCACCCUAUAGCUCUAGUCCUGUAAAUACGAGCCCAUCGACCUUGUCGCCGACGAGCGUACCGCCGGGCGUGCGGACGCAAGGCGGGCGUUUUCAGUUUAACACGCCGCCACCGGUGUCGACGCACCAGACACAUUUGUCAGUUCCAGUUAACUCUAGGUACCUUCAUCACAACAAGGGAGUGACGAUAGACAACGGAUCGAUGACGCAGAUCGACGGUCAUCAGGACUUCACGCAGAUGACGAACAUGAAUCGAAUAUAUCAGCAGCAGCAGCAGCAACAAGUUCCGCCCACGUCACCAUCGCCAACGUUACAACAAGUGGCAGGUUACCGUAGUCCCCGUCCAUCGCCGCAGUCGUCGCCGUCGCUGGGCGGGCGACAUUCGGCGCCGUGCAGCCCGGGCGCGCCCAGCCCGCUCAGCCCACUGCCCAACGACUACCAAUUGUACAAUCAACACCAGGCGGCGCAGCUGCAGCAGCACUUCGAGCAAAUAUCAAUGGACUGGGCGCAGCUGGUGGCCACGCUCGUCGAGUCCGGAUGCACAUGGAGCGCGCAGGUCGAGGUGAAAACUUGUUUGCGGACGGUCACGACUUCACGGAAUGCCGAAUUUGUUCCUGUUGCAAGUACAAUCCGGGGCGGCAUGCAGGAAAAUGGCGGUGAUGCCGGAUAUUACAGUACAUCACCAUCGCAAGUCGUCUAUCACACGGCGCCUCCAAGCCUACACACAACACCAAAUACUCCCACCAUUAUAUUGACAGAUUUUUCUGCAACUGAUGAUCUCUCGCAGCAGGAAGUAUCACUUACAAAGCAGCUGGAAAACGAGCUGUUUGGUAACGAUGACUGCCUGGAGCCGCUAGAUCAGGAUAGCCUGCAGAUUCUGUCGGAAAGCGGCAUCAAUCUGAUACCCGACAGCGUCGAGGAUCACUUUCGGCUGGAUCAUCGUUCGUAACAUAUGGGGACGCUCGACUGUCUGGAUCUUCUAGACGGGCCGAGCGAUUGUUCCGACGAACAAUUACACUUAGAAUUAGAACUUUAAUUAAAGAAAUCAAGCAAAGUAGGUAGGAAAGCGCAAAACACGCAAACGCAAACAAAAGAAACAAAAACGAAUCGAUGUCUGGUGGUGUAUGAACAGAUAAAAGACGACGCGGCAACAGAUUGACGUUAAACACACUCUGCAAUAGAAGAGGUGUGCGCAUAAAAUGCAAACAAAUGUUGGGUUAUAGGGCUUUGAAAUGAGGUUAGGUGUAUUUGAUAGGAAUGCGAUGAAAUUGCGGCCAAUUUUUAAAUUUACAUUUUUCUUACUCUUGUCUAGGAUUGAAGAAGCUCUAGCAAAUUGAUGAAUUUCUAUUUGUACUACGAUCACUUUCGCUAAGCAACAACAACAUUUGUCAUUUCCUCUCUUUCUCAUCUCAAAGAAUCUAAAAAAUGAAUCAAAAAGUAUCGCUACCACUCGAGCUCUUACUUAAUUAAGACUUAAGUCACUUCCUAGUGAGUAAUGAAUUAAUAUCUCUUAACAUUUGAGCAGCAUGACUGAGAGUGCAUGAACUAUUCACAACACACACACACACACAUAACCUAUAAAGCAGUGAAAUGAGGCGCAAAACCAAAGGCAGAAAUUUACAUAAACAUUUAAUCAGUUUAAGCUCUAGUGUUGAUAGAUCGUAAGAUGUAGAAAUAUUCAACAAAUUAAUAUGCCUAUUCAUAACCUAACUAAAUGAAAGCUACGAGAAAAUCAAAGAGGAACUAACAUAUUAACGUGAAACGAAAAUCGCUAGGAGAAAUUAACGAAACUAAGCAAACAAUUAACAAACAACCAAUAAAAUGCAGCUGCGCACACGAUGCGCCGCGCGAUUAAUUGUAAUAAAAGACUGAUCGACAUUUACAUAUACAUUAUACAUGUAUAAAAAGAAAAAUUAAAACGCUUCGGAAAUGUGGAGACGAGUUCAAAAGACGAUGAAAUCAAGAGAGGCAAAGAGUGAUUUUAAACCGAAAUAAAAAUUGUAUUGAACUUGCAGGCGAAACGAGCAAACACACAAAAAGCAAACAAAAUACCAAUUGUAAACGUUUAAAUCUAAAAGCAAGCCACGCAUGUGGCCAGAAUGCAGUCAUUCGUAUCGUAAUAUAACCGUUUAUAAACAAAUUGCUAGGUUAAGUAUAACUGUAGGGCAAGAGAAACUUCACUAAAUAAGCAACUUGUUAGCGAUCAGUAUCAAACAUCCCCAAACACACUUUAUUCAUUCAAAGAUGAUGGGAGAAUCAAACAUAGAGAUAAAUCAAAUGGUUAAUCUUGUUUUUCGUUGUGUUUUUGAUUCAUUGAGCUAUUCUAUGCAUGUAGGCAACUUGUGACACAUUGUUGUAUAUUUAGAGUUUAUAUCCCGCGUUUAGUUGACGAUUUUUCGAUGUUUCUGCAUUACACACAAACAAAGAAAAUGAGAAAAACGUUUAACAAAGUCAAAUAUAUAUAUGUAAGAACUGAGAGUUUUAUUAUGAUGAUGAUUAUAUAUAAACAGAAAUGAUGUGCGUGUGGUACGAAUGCAAGGUGUGCGCAUGCGCAGAAAAUUAUUACGACUAUAAUAUAUAAAUAUUGUAUAUUUGAACUUGGAAAAUCAUCUCAACUCUUCAAAUCGAUUCGAAUCAUUCAAGUAAAUGUUGUUUUACACGAUUUUUAUAUAUACAUGUAAAUGUGUUGUGCAGAGUAAGAUGGCGGCUACGCCUGCGCGCAGGGUAUAUAUGAACGUGUAUGAUUUGUGGUUUUUCUAUGCAUCUUCAUGCGAAUUUGUUUCUUUGUUGUUAACAAUUGAUUAAUAAAAUUCACGAUAAUCACUGAACGAAACGCAGUAAACAACAUCAAGCGCCGAUUUUGUAUAUUUUGUUGCUUUGCGCACACGCACUACUUUAACGUCAUCUGUCGCAUGCGACUUGCAAUACUUCCUCUUAAGUUUUACAUUUUAAGUUCCGGCCCGUGCAAUUGAUUGAAUUAUUUAUAUCACAACGAAUUUUAACUAUUACGUUAUUCAAAGUUGUACACACGUUUAGUUUGCGGCAUUUAUGUUUAUGUUUUGUUGUACAUUUGUUUUACUUUAUAGUACGCAUGCGCGCCCGGGUUCUUUUUGUAUAUUUUUAUAGCUGUAAUCUAGAAUUUAACUCAGUCGACAUUUGGUGCAACUGCAACACGCAACGAUCUUGUCACACAACAGCAUCUCAAGUGUAGAAAGUUUAUUAGUUUAACACAAUAAUGGUCAGUCAACGAAGACAACGAAUCGAAGGUAGAAACAAUUGUGAAUGUACGUGUAACGAAAUGAAUUCUAUUUUAUGUUAAAUACAAAAAACCUUCAUUUUCUCUUUUUAUCAAA